GCGUCCUCUUCCGCCCCGGCUUGUGCUUCCGGUGCGAGGGUCACGGACAAGAUGGUGCCGCCGGUGCAGGUCUCCCCGCUCAUCAAGCUCGGCCGCUACUCCGCCCUGUUCCUCGGCGUGGCCUACGGAGCCAAGCGCUACAGCUACCUGAAACCGCGGGCGGAAGAGGAGCGGAGGGUGGCGGCGGAGGAGAAGAAGAAGCAAGAUGAGCUGAAGCGGAUCGAGAGGGAGUUGGCGGAAGCCCGAGACGACAGCAUCCUGAAGUGAGCCCGCCUUCCUCCAGAGCGGCGUGGAUGAAUAAAGCUCCCUGUGUCGAU